AUGCCGCGGCAUGCUCGAGGCUACCGCAUCCUCCUCAACCUCCACCGCCUCUCCCUCCCCCACCCGCCUGCAUCCCCACGCACUAACACCACCGACGACCCCUCGCUCCGCACCGACGACGGCCUGUUCACCACCGAGAUCGACCGCCUCGGCGUCAGCUCCGGCGCAGUGUACGAAAUGCUCCCCGUGCGCUCGCCCGGGUGUCCGGCGUGA